UCGAAAUAAGUCUGACCGUUACAGCACCCGAGAGUAACCGUGGCAACUCAGUAGCUGUAAGUAGUUAGCAGGGACUGGCUAACCUGUUUUUACCGGUAGAGGUAAAAGUAGCGUGUCAGCUCCAACUGAGUCCUCCUCAGCGGUGUUGGGACAGCCUGAGCACUGAGAACACGGGAGGGACCGAGUGGAUGUGCAGGCACGGACACUUACCGGUUAACUCAGGAGUGCCGUCGUCUCGUCUUGAAGCGCGCUACUUAACGUACUGGGACUAUCUUGGCGGACAUGAACGCACUUCUUGACCGCCUCCACAACUUUAUCUUGCCGUUAAUGCACGGGGAGGACCACGUCUGUGCCUGCACCUGCGGAAGGCAUCAAGCCUAUCAUGUCAUCCCGUAUCAUGGGGCUGAGGGCACGGUGGAUACCAGAGAAAACUACUUCAUCAGUAACACCAUGACCCAGCAGGAGAUAGAUGUAAUAACUGGCCUGCUCUUGGGCGUCUGCAUCAGCUGGUUCUUGCUGUGGUUGGAUAGUGUUUGGUGCUCAUGGCUCAAAUACAAGAGGGCAGACCAGCAGAACGGCGUGGGUUUCUUGUCACGGAUGCUCAAAUUCAGAAACACAAAGGACUCAUCCAGGCAGGUACAUCCAACACGCAGUGGAGUGCAGGGGCAAGAUGGUACACAUGAAGCAAGCUGUGUAUCAUAAUAUUACCGACACAUAAAAGAUAAAUGUGGAUUAAAUUCA